AUGGAGUUUAGUGACUGCUUCAGUCUGGCCUGUCCUCACAACCCUCGCCCAGGAGACUUGAUUGAAGUGUUCCGCCCCGGCUAUCAGCACUGGGCACUGUACUUGGGUGAUGGUUAUGUUGUCAACAUUGCACCUAUCGAUGGUAUUCCUUCAGCCUUUACAAGUGCCAAGUCUGUGUUCAGCACCAAGGCCUUAGUGAAAAUGCAGCUUUUGAAGGACGUGGUGGGAAACGACACGUACAGAAUAAAUAACAAGUACGAUACAACACACCAACCUCUCCCCAUGGAGGAAGUGAUGCAGCGGUCCGAGUUCGCCAUUGGGCAGGAGGUGGCCUAUGACUUACUGGUCAACAACUGUGAGCAUUUUGUGACCUUGCUCCGCUAUGGAGAAGGAGUGUCAGAACAGGCCAACCGAGCAAUAAGCACCAUUGGGUUGGUGGCGGCUGCUAUUGAUAUCUUCGCAUUCCUCGGCUUGUUUCCAAAGAAACAAAGAACAAAAUAUUAG